AUGAACGAAGACAAGCCUAAUAUCCUCCUUAUAAUGGUUGAUGAUCUUGGGAUUGGAGAUUUGGGUUGCUACGGCAAUGAUACCAUAAGGACUCCUAACAUCGACCGCUUAGCCAAGGAAGGGGUUCAGCUGACCCAGCACAUUUCUGCAGCCUCUUUAUGCACCCCAAGCCGAUCUGCCUUCCUGACGGGAAGAUAUCCCAUCCGAUCAGGUAUGGUGUCUAAUACCAACCACCGUGUCAUCCGAACACUUGGAGUUCCUGCUGGACUUCCUCUUAAUGAAACAACGUUUGUAGCCUUACUAAAGGAGCAAGGCUACAGCACAGGACUCAUAGGCAAAUGGCACCAGGGCUUAAACUGCCAAACCCGAAAUGACCACUGCCACCAUCCGUAUAACUAUGGGUUUGAUUUCUUCUACGGCAUGCCCUUCACGCUUUUCCAUCCUUGCUGGCCAGAUCCCUCACGCGACACGGAAUUAGCCAUUGAGAGCAGACUCUGGCUCUGUGUGCAGCUGGUCGCCAUUGCUGUGGUCACCCUCACUGUUGGAAAACUGAGAGGCUGGAUCUCCAUCCCCUGGCCCCUCAUCCUCUCCAUGGUUUUAUUUGUUUUGCUCCUGGCCUACUUUUGGUACUCCAGCUACACGUCCUCUUUGUACUGGGAUUGCCUCCUCAUGCGAGGGCAGGAGAUCACGGAGCAACCCAUGAAGGCGGAGAGAGCCGGGACCAUCAUGGUGAAGGAAGCCAUUUCAUUUCUGGAAAGGCACAACGGAGGACCCUUUCUGCUCUUCUUUUCUUUUCUUCAUGUGCACUCGCCUCUUCCCACCACGGAUGACUUCAUUGGCACCAGCAAGCAUGGCUUAUAUGGGGACAAUGUGCAGGAGAUGGACUACAUGGUGGGCAAGCUUCUUGAUGCUGUUAAUGAUUUUGGUCUAAGAAACAACACGCUUGUCUACUUUACAUCGGAUCACGGAGGGCAUCUGGAGGCUAGGAUAGGUCACGCCCAACUUGGUGGAUGGAAUGGCAUAUUCAAAGGCGGAAAAGGCAUGGGAGGCUGGGAAGGUGGAAUCCGAGUCCCUGGAAUUGUACGGUGGCCUGCCAAGUUACCAGGUGGACAGUUCAUUGGAGAACCUACAAGUUUAAUGGAUGUUUUUCCAACUCUGGCAGCAGUGUCAGGAGCAAGACUCCCUCAAGACAGGGUGAUUGAUGGGAGAAACCUCAUGCCCUUGCUUCAGGGUGAGAUUCAGCACUCAGAGCAUGAGUUCCUGUUUCACUACUGUGGCUCCUUUCUCCACGCUGUGCGGUGGCACCCCCCAAACAACGUUUGGAAGGCUCAUUACGUGACUCCGGUGUUCCAGCCACCAGGAGCUGGUGCCUGCUACGUGACCGAGUAUUGCGAAUGUUCAGGAGAAAAUGUCACCUACCACGACCCCCCUCUGCUCUUUGAUCUCUCAAGAGACCCCUCUGAGUCCACACCACUGACACGUGACACGGAGCCCCUCUAUGAUUUGGUGAUAAAAACGGUGGCCAGUGCUUUGAAGGAACACCGGGAAACGAUUGUUCCUGUCCGGCAGCAGUUGUCGGAAUUGAACCAGGACAGAGUGUGGCUGAGGCCUUGCUGUGGGGUAUUUCCAUUCUGUCUGUGUGACAAGCCGGGGAAUCUCUCAACCCUGGGGUCAUGAUGAGAAGACAUGAUUGAGACCAGUCAACCAAAGGCCACCAUCACUGGUGCUUUUAAAUUUGCAAGGAGUAUAUUUGAGAGCCAAUAAACUCACCUACCAAUCCA